AUGGCGUUUGCGGUGACAACGUUUUCACUGGCUUACUUCAUUCGACAUGCAGAAAAUAUACCCAACUUCGACAUACGAUCGGAUUGGGCAGGUUUCUUGAAAUACUUAAGUGACCUUGACUUGUGUGUAAUAGUAGAUGAAAAUGCAAGGAUUACCGGUAAUACGAGUCAUAUGGUGGUGGAUACAGAAGCAGGAGAUGGAUAUGGCAAUGUUUCUAUAGCUGUUCUUGCAUCGUUGAGCCUUGUGCAGCAUUUGAACUCUUUGCAUAACUUGAGUAUAAUUUCAGGGGCUUUGGCUAUUGGAGAAUGGGAUCCACUGUGUGGACCUGAUGUUCCCCCAGGCACAUUCCUGAAUGUCUCAUUGAACCUGCCUGCGAAUCUCUCUCAAGGUCAAGAAGUAUGUGUAACGUUUUCUGGACCUCGGGCGCUGCUGCCUGUGACCAGGUCACCACCUGUGUGUACACCUGCACCUCUACCUGUGAAUGGUGCAACGGCCAAACUCUCAGGACGCAGUCGUGCUCCUGAUGCUCUCGGAGAGAGAUUUGAAGAUGACUGGUGUGAAGAUGGAGCAAUCAUGAGAAUGGAUUACCGGUCCAACCCUGAACUUGCUGUCAUUCUUACUAUUAAUGAUCGUUCACUCAUAAAUCUACAUCUUAUGCAUACCAGCUACUUUCUUUUUGUUAUGGCCAUGACUGUUGUAUGCUAUGCUCUCAUUAAGGGAAAACCCAAACAGAAGAUCAUGCAUAUUGAAAAGGUACGUGGGUUACCUUGGAUCCCUGAUGUUUCAGAGAAAGGUCAUGAAGAAAGCAAUGCUCUGUUGGAAACUAGUCCACUAACAGGAUAUCUUGAAAAAAUUUGUGUUGAUCAAGUAUUGAAGAUAGAAAUCAUUAAUUUAAUCUCUGGUUUAAAUAUAAGUAGAAUUGAUGAAGAAUUGGAAGACCUUUUACCCGAUGUUGAUGCAGCCAAAGGAUUUUAUGCCAAAUAUGAACCAAAGGAAAUUUUAGGACGAGGUAUAAGUUCAACUGUCAGACGUUGUAUAGAAAAAGAAACCGGGUUGGAGUUUGCUGCAAAAAUCAUAGAUUUAAGCAAUGAUUCUCAUGAAGUAGCUGAUGGAAAAACUAUGCUAGAAGCUACUCUUGGAGAAGUCAAUAUAUUGAGAAUGGUAGCAGGACAUCCUUACAUAAAGUUAUUUGAUUAUUUGACAUCAGUUGUUGCUCUUUCUGAGAAGAAGACAAGGUACAUUAUGCGACAACUAUUUGAAGCUUUGCAACAUGUCCAUGGUAAGAGUAUUGUACAUCGCGAUUUGAAGCCUGAAAAUAUACUUUUAGAUGAUAAUCUCAACAUUAAGCUGACAGAUUUUGGAUUUGCUCGACAUUUGAAGACUGGAGAAAAAUUAUUUGUUUGGUUGGCUGUCCCCCAUUUUGGCAUCGAAAGCAAAUGGUGAUGUUGAGAAACAUCAUGGAAGGAAAAUACUCGUUUACAUCACCUGAGUGGGCAGAUAUCACUGAGCCUCCCAAAGACCUUAUUCGAAGGUUACUCGUAGUGGAUCCAAAGCAACGGAUUACCAUCAAAGAGGCCUUGGAGCAUCCCUUUUUUCAAGUAUUGCUUUGGGACCAAGAUAUGGCCCCUUUGAAACGUAGUCUAUCAACAUCUUCCAGAAGGAUGAGUCGCAUCUCACAAAUAGCCUUGGAGAUGAAAGGUCGUGCAUUCGACGCUCGCAGAAUGUUCCAAUUUGGAAUUCUUUGUGUGAGAGCUGCUGUUCGAAUCCGUAGACUGCGAUUUACACCUGAACCUCUAUCCAUUGGUGUCGCUAAAAUUGAUCCAUACCGCAUCAAGAUUUUGCGAAAGGUGAUUGAUGCCUGUGCUUUCCGAGUGUAUGGUCACUGGGUGAAGAAGGGAGAAGGUCAGAAUCGUGCUGCCUUGUUUGAGAAUACACCCAAAACAGAGCUGAAGCAGAUUUAUGUGAGCAACUUGAGUCGAUAGCAGCAUGUCUGCUCAGACACACUUGUGCCUCUGUUUGAACCUCCUUCAGUCCUUGUAUGCAUUUGGCUACUGCUCUGAGGUAGGAAGCUUUUUCUGGGAGCUUCUACUUCACAUUUAGUGUGAGGCAAGGGCCUCCAAAUGAUGUCAAGAAAAUACUACAAUCAUCACUUGAAAUGGAGUUGUAGACCUGGGAAAUUUAUUUUAACAUUUAUUUUGAGACACGAGUUCCCACCUGAAACUGCAAUGAAGAGAUCUAGAUUUGAAUGAUCAAUUACUUAUCAUGUAAGUUUCCAGCAUGUGUCAUUAUUGGAAUGCAGUAGCAUAUUAGAUAUUGCGAAACCCUUGCUGUUGACUGGAUGUCUGGGAUUUAAAUCAUGAAAAGUGUUCCCCUCCUUUUAUCAUCCAUAGUAAGUCAAAUGCAACUAUUCAAGGAGUAUCAGACUCUUCUUGCAGUUAAGGUGAUCAAGGCAUGAAGCUGCAAAUCACAAGAGCAUCUUCCAAGGAGUUUGGCAAUUGCUGCAUGGUCAUUUUUGCUCUGAAUUUUGAGAUCAACAUCUCUUUCCUUGUGGUUUAUUGUACAAAGGAAUCACGUGAACUGCAUAUUUAAUACAUUUUUGGGGCAAUACUGAAAGAAGAAAUUUAACUUUGUUUUGUCCUCUUUUUGGAGGAAAGUAUUUUUUUCAAUAUUGGUCUUCCUGUUUCACUUUUCAUGUACGAAAUUAAAAUAAAUUUUGAAUGAUGAAUAUGAUGAAAAAAUCUGUAGUUUGGAGGCUCUUGUUUAAAUAUUGUAGGUGCUGCAGAUUUUGGUCAGACACUCUGAUAGUGAUUCUGUUGCUGUGAUUUUUAUUUCUUUUAUUAAUUCUCAGUGUCACCAAUUCUGCAUGUAUUGAUUCAUAACUCCACAGUCUUGCAAAAUAGUUAUUAUGAUUUGUUAUCGAAUGCUAGAAAGUUAUAGGAAAUACAUCACUGGAGGUUAUUAUUUCCAGAGUGAAGAAAGACCAUGACCUAUUGUAGUAGCAAAUAGCUUCAAUUUUAAUUUUUUAUGUAGCUGUUCACACUAGAAUGCCUGAAUAACUUAUUAUACAAUACUUCCAAGUUUACCAGGAAUAACUAAGGGACAUUAAAAUUAUUGAUUGAAAUUACAGUUAGUUGUGCGAAUUAACAAAUAUUUUAUAUUUUUUGUUUUGAAAAUAUAUUUUUGCUGCUCUGCUGGGCCUCAUAACAAUCCAUAAUGGGUUGUAUACUCCCACUGAGACAAUAAUUUAUUCCUUUUUCGCGAACGUUCUUUUAUUAUAUGAAUUUAUUUAUUUUCCUCUUGGUGCUACUUUCCAUACUAAGUAUUUGUACAAUAAAUAUAUCAGUUCUGGAACCUGUUUUGGGAGUUAUAAGAAUAUAAGUAAGCCAAUACUACACUUGCAAUAUUUUACUAGCGAAAUUACAGGAUAUUUUGGGAAUGUCUUGAAGAAAAGUGAAGGGUGUUCUACUGAAAUAAAUGGUCAAAGAAUGUAAAGACUUGGAAAUACGAAUCCUAAAAUCAGCCCAUGACUACAUGUAAAGAAAGAAAUUUCUUGUUGCAUAUCUUCCCAUUUUUCAAAAAUUCUGGCAGUAUGUAACGGAAUAUUUUGGUCUUCUCAGUUGUUUUCAUUGUAUUUGUGAUUUAAAUUUUUAUUUGUGAAAGUAAUAUUUUCGCUUACGUAUCUAUUUUCUGGGAAGACUUUCAAUUGCAGUUACAGUUGGUUGCCUAGUGUAACUUGUACAUCUUACGUAUAUACUACUAUUCCUUUCUACUAAUUCAUUAUUUUCUCCUGCAAGAUAAAAUGUAUAAAUUAGUUGUUCCAUUAGUCCAAAAUUAUCAUUGCAAUGUACUCUUGUUCUUUCUCCAGAAGUACAGAAGGAUGGAGUUUAACCGCUUUCAUUCUUUGUUUUAAUACAGUUCUGGAUGAAUGUUAAUUGCUAGUUUUGUUGUUGCAUAUUUAACUUUGGUAAGUUUGGAGUUUCAAGAAACUUUUAAAAUAAUGAGCAAAUUACAAUUCAUGCGUUUCUAUAGUUUUAACAGAAAGUAAAAUUGUUUGUCAGCACUCAUAUUGAGUAAAGUAAGGGGUUCAAAGCGUAAGAGGAAUAAGUGCAUUUUUGGCAAAUUUUAUGUUGAGAGCACAACUGUAAAGUAAAUACUUAAUUUUAUUUCCUGAACAAAUGGUAUUCCUAUUGACUGUAGUUUUUUACAGUCACCCAACUUUGAACUGGAUUUUCUUAAUACCACAUUUAGGGCACUUUUAGCCUUUGUGCUCUAAGCCCCUUUAAUGAUGUUCAUUCAAAUUGACAAUUAAGAACUGGAGGCUGAGGCUUAGUGGUCAGAGCUUUUUCAAUCAAUUUUUACAAAGAAAAUAAAGGGUUUUAGUACAGUAACUAAUUUCAAUCAAUGGGAUGGUUCUUCAUUAUGAACACAUUACCACUUAAUUAAUUAAACUGUGGAAAGAACAGUGGUGCAAAAAUUGAAAUCUAAAAUGCCCUGGCAUACAGCAUUCCUUGAAUUUUCAACUUCUGAUAGAAUUUUUAAUUGAAAGUUGCCCAAAGGGUUUUAUAAAUGUAUAUAUGGCAAUCUGUAGGACAUGCAAUGAUGUAUUUAUAAGGUUUUAAUUUUGGCUUGAUUAGUUUCUAUGGCAUAAAUAAAAUGUUUGAAUUUCACCCUAUUUUCCUGCGUGUGAAGAGGUUUUUUGUUCACAAAGACUUCAAUUUUUUUCCCCUGCAGUUUAGUUUAUUUUUGCUGUCUGUAAAAAUGCCAUCCUCUUUUUGUCUUGACAUGUUUCUUUUCAUGGCAAUAUCCUAAUUCUUCCCAGUUUUUGUUUGCACAGUAAUUUACUUCAUCUAUAUUUCUUAUGAAAUGCACUAAAAAGAAGCUCUCCUCCAUCAUGUAAUUUAAUGUUAUACAGUUAAUUCUUUUUCACAUUUGAAGCACAGAAAUUCAUGUCACAUGUGUAAAUCUUAUUCAUCAACAUUAAGAUACUUAUGAUUGGCAUUUUACACAAAAAAAUCAGUUCCAAACAUUGUCUGACAUUCUCAGUAUCUUGAUAUUUGGGAUAAAAAUGGAUUUCAUGGGGAUGAUUUUACUCCAUUCACUUUGUAUCAAUUUUGCCUCCAAAAUGCACUUAAUGUUUACAAAAUUGAAAAUGUUAACAACAGUGUGUUAAGACGGCCACAAUUAUUCAAAAUCUGUAUUUUCAUUUACCUGAAACUUUUAAUAGUAACAAGCAUGUUGAAAUUUUAACAAGGACAAGUGUGGAAUUAAAUGAACCAAACUCUUUCACUCAUCUGAUGUAGCUUUAACGCUAUCGUUUUCAGAAUUACCUGGCAGACAGAAAUAACACGUGACCACUUGGUCUCAGUUUCCCUUAUAAAUUUCUUAAUAUAAUAUUAAUCUUUCUUCAUGAAAAAAUUCAAAGCACAAAAAUAAUUAUAAUUACAGCAAUAAUUUGGUAAGAAAAUAAAUGUUAGUUUCCUACCACUUUACAUUUACAAAUAAGUGAAAUGGAACCCAUUCACGAUCACGAAUACAACGUUAAAGAAUACUCAGGGAACAUCUUCAUGACUCUUGUAGUGAGCAUGGAGAAUGGUGCUUUGAAUGGUGUCUGUUUAGCUUCUGCAAAAUCAUGACAAGCAUUAGAAUUAGAAAUAUUAAAUAAAGUGCAAUAAAUAUGAUUAAGGAAUAACAGACAAAUUCGCUCAGGAAACUUCCUCUGUAUGUUCUUUCCACUCAUG